UAUUUUUAAUAGGCUUAGGUCUUUGUAGUUGCAAGAUAAUAUUUUUCCUUUUAUUAUUCAUUAAUAAGAGAUUUUACAGACUUACAGAAAUUGAAUGCCGUAAAAAUUUCCACAUUACAUUCACAAUCAAAAAAGCGUUCUGAGUAUGCCAUCGCCCUUACUUCAAAAUUGGUCCUCGGUUAUGUUAUCUUGUUCAUUUCUUCCACAUUCUUCAAAGUUCUGUUGUGUUUUGUACUUGUCAGUUAAAGUAUUAACUAUUGGUAAGUUUCCUUUUGCAAGCUACCUAUCUAUCUGAAAAACAUGUUUGAAGCAAAUGCUGACGUUUUCUGCAUUGUUUACUAAUGGUGUUUUAUGAUUAACACAUGGGAGAAUAAACACAGCUUUGACUAUCGAUGGCAUUUGCCCUUAAUUAUCAAAGUACAUGUUUGACCUUUAACUUAAAUACGAAAGAAGUAUUGAUGCAGGUAAGUGUUGUAAAAAUUCACAGCUGUUAGACAAAUGACAAUCAGAACUGUGGAAUUUAAAAGCACAGGAACAGUUUCAGUACGGGGCUGUUCUUAGGCCGGCGUCCCCAGAGGAAUUUGUUUUAGUAGACCCUCUGAUGUAUGAUUCAUUUUUGCUUGUUAUGUUUCCGUGUGAGUCACUGUUUUAGAAUGUAAAACAUAGGAAGAUGAACACGUGUGUGUACGCUGUUUUUAUGUGUGCAAGUUGCCCUAGAAAAAAACGUGCGUUCUUAACACCAGCAAAAACUGGAAGGGCAUUCUGAGGUGUUAGUUUCUAUUUGAAACGGGUAGAUGUACCUUUUCUACCUGGCUUCCCAAUUCUUAGAUCAAGGCAAAGGAGAAUUGUAAUCCUCUGAAGAACAUGGUAACCGCUCUUUGACGCACAAAAAAGAAAGAUAGGAGUACACAUUUUGUUGCAGACUUUUCAGAACGGUAGUUACAAUACUUUUUAAAAGUUGUUCCUGUUCCCGUAAAAAAGAACCCAGCAGUAACUUGAGUUGACUUUUAGUUAGGGUUACAUAAAUGCGAACUGUAUAUUUUUUAAUGCUUAGUUUAUCAAGCUCAAUAAUAAUGAAGUCUAACCAGCUGCUGGUUUCCUUUGUUUGAGGAAAUAAUUAGCAGCCCUUUGAAAUUAUUUGGUCAUUCAUAAGAGCCCAAAAUAGACUGAAUUUAAGGAAAUUAACUGUGACUUUAGAAUUAUGUUUUGUGAUAGAAUGAAUGAAAAUGAUGGCUUUAUGAUUUUAUUUCAGACUGUAAAAUAUAUAAUAUUUUGAAAUAGUAAUAUUUCACAUCAAGAUUCAGAUUUUAAACUAUUGAAAUACUUCAACUCUAAAGGAUUUUUAUUAUAAAUGACAUUGAAGAGUAAGCGUCCAUGAAAUUUUUAUGCAUCUACUUGAAAUGCAACGAAAUUUCUCCUGGUCAGGAAAACUACAUGAAUGUAUUGUUUACUGGUCCACUUUGGUUUUUACACUUUUUUCCUACCCAAACCACCAUCCACCCAGAUAGGUAUGCUGUUGUUUUUUUAACCGUUGCUGCAAUUACUUAAAAUUUACUUCGAAAACUGCCUUUAUUAAAAGAAGCAAAGUCUUGUAUUUGUUUCCAUGGCGGGAUCGUACUGGCAGCUCCGAUCGGGGGAACAGCACUGUUCCCUGGUCUUGUCUUUUAAGUGUCACCACAGGAUUUAUCCACUUGCAAACUCGUUUGCCGACCCGUCCUCCUCCUAGAACGCAGGCCUAUAAGAGCGAAAAAGGAAUUUUAGGGCUUCUGCCACCUCUUGACCACAUACGUGCUGUCAGGAUAUUCAGCUUCUUUGGGCCUCUCCCCUUAGAAUGGCAGUGAUGAUAAAUCCACCUCUCAGGUCCACUGAGUCCCAGGGAGAUCAUAGAGAUGAAAACACUCUGCACUUGUAAGGUAUUUAUAUUAUUGAAAUAACAUAAUAUACAAAACAGGCUUUCAUGUGCUUAACUACCCUACCAAAACCUCAGUAUGUGCCCUGGGCAAGUAAGUAUUUACAAAGUUAAUUUUAUUAUUUUGCAAUUUUGAUGUGCAGAAUUCAGUUCUUCCAUUUAUGCAUGUCCUGCGCUUUCCAAAAGAAUGGAGCUUUCGCUUUAACUUUUUAAAUAUCUUUUAUUAGUCACAAUUUUUAUUUUUCUUAUUUUUUAAACUAUGAGAAUAAUGCUGCUUUCAAAUGUACUUUUAGUAGUCUUGUAAUGAUGCUUGAAUGUCCUCUAGUAAAUAUUUUAUUUACACAACAAACUUUUAAAAGUAUGACAAUUUGAUUUCAGGGGAAAUUAAUUAGAUUUGUGUUUGGAACGUUAAGUAAAAUUAUUUUCACUUAACUUGUCAUUAGGGAAUCCUUUCACUACUAUAUUUUAACUGCUUGAUUUCUGUUACCCCUCUCGUGUUCUUACAGUCACGAUUGCUGAACAUUCGCCUUUAAAAUAUUCAGAGUUUAUUAAUCUCUCUGUGCCCUGUAGUCGCUACAGUAGAGAAUCCUAGUUUUUUCUCUGCCUCUUGACCAUUCUUUUCGCAUUUACUUGUACAAUCGAGAAUUAUUAACAGAUUUGUUUCCUGCGCAUGUCCUCAGUUUACUGAAGAUCAUGCUAAUAGGCAUUUUGUAAAGAUACUUUGAAGAUCUUUCGACAGUGACCUUUUAAAACCCAGCGACGCUCCGUUCCUGAUGCCUCUGCAGCCCACCUGUGUAUAACUUCCCUUGCAUGCUUUUGAAAUCCAAAGAGCACAGAGUUAUCGCUACAUUUCAGCCCAUCCUGCGCAGCAUUCCGAGAAAUAAACUGGCAGGUGUUGCAGGUGACCGAAGUGUAGCUCCGAGAAGCCCACAAGUGUGUGCACUGUGGGCACACAAGGUGCUGGCUUCAGGAGUCUGCUGUCCUGUGGUGAGGUUCCAGAUGCACUGAGUUCGUCUCUUCCGUACUAGUAUUAAGCUCAACGAAAUGCUGAUCGGUUCGGUUUACAAAGAGCGACUCUAACAUCCAUUUCUCUCAGUAGGCAAGUUAGAUUUAAAAAAUUAAAUUGAAUUUGGGAAAGAAGUGGGGAGUCAUUCAGCAUCACACAAUGCCAUUUAUGUAGGUAAUACUACUUUACUUUUUGUUUCUGCAUUUAUUUGGUCAUGUAAACGUGCUUAGAACUAAUACAAAUUUGCAACUGGUGAAAAUUAAUGCAUGACUUAUCAGCAGAGUAUGGAAUGUAAGCAUGUGCCAUGAAAUUGCAAUUCUCUCAUUCUUUAUCUUCUAUCACUUACGUGCCGGUCCCAUUUAGAGUGUAGUCCACUCUUAUUUUUUGUUUCAUAGAUUGGCCAAAAUGGGAAGGACUGGAUUCCGCUCUCUUCCACGAAGAGUCAAUGGGACUGGCUGAGAUCAAGGUCUGAGGCUCUUUCCACCUGUCACCAGGCACAUGGCCACUCACUCUCCUGAGAAAACCCACAAGUGUAAUUAUUGUGAGAAAAUGUUUCACCGGAAGGACCACCUGAAGAACCACCUGCACACGCACGACCCUAACAAAGAGACGUUUAAGUGUGAAGAGUGUGGCAAGAACUACAACACCAAGCUCGGCUUCAAACGUCACCUGGCCCUGCACGCCGCCACCAGCGGUGACCUCACCUGCAAGGUCUGCCUGCAGACGUUCGAAAGCACAGGAGUGCUGCUUGAGCACCUCAAGUCUCACGCGGGCAAGUCGUCCGGCGGGGUCAAGGAGAAGAAGCACCAGUGUGAGCACUGCGACCGCCGCUUCUACACCCGGAAGGACGUCCGGAGACACAUGGUGGUGCACACUGGAAGAAAGGACUUCCUCUGUCAGUACUGUGCACAGAGAUUUGGGCGGAAGGAUCACCUGACUCGCCACAUGAAGAAGAGUCACAACCAAGAACUUCUGAAGGUCAAGACGGAACCGGUGGACUUUCUCGAUCCAUUCACCUGCAACGUUUCCGUGCCUAUCAAAGACGAGCUCCUUCCGGUGAUGUCCUUACCUUCCAGUGAACUGUUGUCAAAGCCAUUCACAAACACUUUGCAGUUAAACCUCUACAACACUCCGUUUCAGUCCAUGCAGAGCUCGGGACCCGCCCACCAGAUGAUCACAACUUUACCUUUGGGAAUGACGUGCCCGAUAGAUAUGGACGCUGUCCACCCUUCUCACCACCUUUCUUUCAAAUACCCCUUCGGUUCUACCUCAUACGCGAUUUCGAUUCCUGAAAAAGAACAGCCACUAAAGGGGGAAAUUGAGAGUUAUGUGAUGGAGCUGCAAGGCGGCGUGCCCGCCUCAUCCCAGGAGUCCCAGGCAUCAUCAUCUAAACUGGGGCUGGAUCCUCAGAUCGGCUCCCUAGAUGAUGGCGCGGGGGACCUGUCCCUGUCAAAAAGCUCGAUUUCCAUCAGCGACCCCCUAAACACACCAGCCUUGGAUUUUUCCCAGCUGUUUAAUUUCAUACCCUUAAACGGCCCUCCCUAUAAUCCUCUGUCGGUGGGGAGCCUCGGAAUGAGCUAUUCCCAAGAGGAAGCGCAUUCUUCUGUGUCUCAGCUGCCCCCCCAGACCCAGGAUCUUCAGGAUCCCGCAAACACUAUAGGUCUCGGCUCCCUGCACUCACUGUCCGCAGCGUUCACGAGCAGCUUUAGCACAAGCACCACGCUCCCGCGUUUCCAUCAGGCUUUCCAGUAGGAGUCCACGACGUGGCCCGAACGCAGAAAUCUGUGUGUAGCCCUGCCUUAGGUGACCGUUUGUAUUUUAGUGCCUACGUUAAAACAGCAUAAACAUUUCUGCUUUUGUACAGUACCGAUUUUCAUUAAGCCAGUAUGACACAGAAACAAGCUUUUUAUAAGUGAGCUUCGGAACCGUUUGCGUUCAGUUCUGUUUACCUGGGUGUUUUGUCCACGCUCACUGCCAAUUGUCCUGUUUUAAGACGGUUUUUCCUCUAGGGGAGCCAUUGUUAUCAGUAGCGGUAAAGUCUUAACGAGUCCCACGUUCAGAUUACUUUUAGAUCUUAAAAUGUCCAGUUUUGUCCAAUAAUCAUGGCUCUGCCUUUUGACAUUUGGCUCGUUAAAGAGUUUUGCAAUAGGAUGUAAAUUUUCUAAAAUGUAUGUGAAUAACCUGAGAGUUUUUAAAUUUUUACUAGUCUCUAAAUGGAUUCAUAAGCAAAUGUUUCAAAUGAAUUAAGAAUCCAGUUUGGGGAGAUGAUAGAUGUUUCUUUAGCUAUACCAUAAUUUCAGGUCAGUAUAUUUUGAAGACUUUGCUAUUGUCUGGCUCAGAUAUUUUGCUGUCUUUAUUAUGCGCACGUAAGGAAAACGAAACCUAAACACAAAGCACCAGUAUUUAUAGCAAAAAAAGACUCCUGGGAAGGUGACACAGCAUUCCAUGUUACUCAGUAGUUGGCCUUAAAUCAGUACACAGGAUAUUUUUUGCCACGUUUCAAAGUUGCCCUCUUUCCGAUUGAAUAGUGCUAGUCACGUUACGGCAUGGGACCCUUCAGAGUCAGUGUAUGGAUCGAUCUCUGGGCUCCUUAAUCCUUUCCGCCUUUCGUGGCCAAAGGGUGGGUCAAGUGCAGUCAGCAGUUCUAUUUUAAAAUGUCGGUCCACAGCCCAGAAUCGAGAGCCAUUGUGGAACACAGGUGUUAGGUGUGUUUAUCCCAGAGCGGACCGUCUCUUCUUGGAUGGCGUGAUAGAUAGACUGCUGAGAAGGCAGAUGUGUGAUGUAAAGCACUUGGUUCGGCUCGGGAACCUGUCUGGGGAUCAUGUCCCUUGUUGCCAGGGUUGGAAACUAGCCUCUUGAGGCGUAAAGUCAAAGCAUAUCGCUCACGUCACUCUUACUUAAUGGGAAAGCGACGAUCGAGAAGAGUGUGUUCCCUGGACGCAGCAGUUCUUAUGGGCUUUCCUCCUAGUAGACAACCACCACCAUCUUUCUGAAGGUCACAUUAUAUUCUUCUAAGUGUUAGCUGGGACAUCCGCCUAAGAAACAUAUCUAUUAAGCACUUGUUAACGCCUUAUUUGGGGACCCUGUCUGUUGGGGUGGGUAGGAGGGGGAAGGUUUAUAGAAGAGUGUAUAUCUCUUGAAAAAAAAAAAAAAAGGAAGAAAGAAAAAGAGAAGAAAAAUAUUUCUGAGUACUCAUGAGCCCUGUACGGAAGCUUCUUUUUUUCCACUCACAGGGCCGAUUAUCACUGCAGAUUGCGAUGUUUACCCAGAAUUUCUAAACACGAGUGCAGAUUACGGAAUAUAAUACAUUAUUUAAAAUAUUUGGGAGUAGUAUAAUUUGUGGAAAAAUGUAAAUUGUAAUAAUGUAAAGGGGGGGGUUCACUAUAUAUAUUAUACACACACACAUAUAUCGCACUUCAUAGAACCAGAGUUGCUCUCUUAAGGGAGCUUUGGCUCCUGAUAUUUUAUCAUGCUCCUAUUUUUUUUUUAAAUUCUAGGAGCAGUAGUUUUUAUACUUAUGUAUUUAAAUUUUAUUAUUAAAAAUUACAUUUUAUAAAAAGUGUGUUCCAAAGGCAUUAAAAUUAUAUAUGUUAAUAAGGAAAUACAUUUAAAAUUUUUUUCAAACUGCUCCUAAGCUUUUGCUUAGGAGGCUAUUUGCUCUGAAAGUAGGCUUUUAGCUCUGCUUUAUUACUGCUUCCUUUAGUUUCUAUGAAACAGAUUGCUUACUUAAAUCAUUAGUUGAAUGAUUAGUGUUCAAUAUUGCUUUAAUCACCAUUAAAAAAAAAAGGAAAAAGAAAUUGGUGACAGAGCACAAAUAGAUAGAAAACCUAUUUUUAAGUAAACGUCACAAAUACAAGUGUGGAAGCACUACUUUGUCUAAAAUUUGCUUCAGGAGAAGUCAAAUUAAUGACCUGGGACGCUGGCCUUGGUAGGCUGGAUGUCACUGCUCAUAAACGAUUAAAGAGGGAGUACCAGGAUUUCUGCAGCAAAGCAUUUUGGAAAUGGGGAAUGGCACCAUAUGCGUGUAUAUCUUUUUAGCCUAAUUCUCGCCCUGCACGGAAUUCAGACACACGGAGGCAUUUCUUUCAGGGCACCUGGGUUAGAAUUGUAGAGUCUUAAUAUUCACGUGAACACCCCUCUCUGGCUGUUGCUGCCUCACAGACUUGAAAUAACGCUUCCGAGGAAGAGGGACUUUCAGCUCUCUUGUUUUUCACAUUGACUCUACUGGUCACCAGACCCUUUUGGAGAGAAUUUCUGUUAAACACGAGGCAGCCUCAUUUACUUUAAUUGCACAACGGUCUAACAAGGAUGCAACACAGAACUGGCUCUUUUUUCCUAGAAAAAGAAAAGUGGACAUGUGUUUUUACAUCACCUGGAUGUGUUAAAAAUAAUGAUUGCCAAUGCUGUUUUUCACUCUCCCCGUGGCCAGAAGCCUCAUCCUUGACAUUUCUAGUAGUGCCUUUGCUUGGUUUAAAAAAAGAAAAAGCAAAAAAAGGGAUUAAGGAAAAACGUAAAAAUAAUUCAGUUUCUUAGAAUUUGGACCUCAGACAAGAUAUUGAACCUCAUUCAGUUUGAACUUCCACACGCGUGCACAGAUUCGAUCCGCAGACACAGAAGCACGAGUGCGGAAGGGUCUUGGCACCGUAAGCAAUAUCCACUGAUGUAUGCAAAUAUCAUCUUCAUAGUAAAGUGGUCACUGUUAAAAUUCACAUUUUAAACUCCUGUUACCGAGUGCAGUUUGCAAAACUCCGGUCGUCCUGGCUGAUCACACAUCACUCUUUGUGCAACUUUUUCGUUUCAUUUCGUGUUUCUUCCAAGCUGUGUAUUUCUGCCUAUUUGUUGCUUGUGCUUUAUUAGUCAUUUGUGGAAUAUAGUGAUAUAUUGUGUUAAUUGGGACAGUAGCGGUUUUUAAAAACCAUAUACUGACUGAAACAUGAGCCAGAGCUGACUGCUUUAUUAAGCUAAUAAUGAAUGUUAAAAGAGUACAUAAUUCAGGAUCGUUCAUCUAGUAAGCAAUACACGUAUAUAGGCCAAUAUUUUUUUUUUUUAAAAAAAUAGAGCUUGGUCAACCUCUAUACUACACAUAUUACAAGAUAUAGCACUUUCAAAACGAAUCUAAACCUUUACAGAAACUUUCUUAUAGGUUAUGCCUUUUAUUUUAAGACUUAUUAUAAUUUGUUUCAAGUGCCAUUAGAUGAUAUAUAUGUAGGCCUUUGAUAUAUAAUGCUUUGUGUUCAAAAAUGGUAGAUGGUAUUUUAAACAGGUACAUUUUUACAGUGUUUUCUUAUCAAUUUGCUAUAUUGCACAGAAUCAGUGUGUGUCUUUUCAUAAGGUUUUACAAUGGUUUAUUUUUUUACGAGGUUUACGUGUCUCAAAACACACUGUCUUCCCAGUAUGUAAAUUAAAGAAUACCAGUUCACCCAAGUUGCUUCUAGCCUACUGAGAUCCACGUGACAUCGGAGGAGAUCUUCUAAAUGGCGAGCAUUCGUCAUUAGCAAUGGCAGACUGUUGUCUCUGACGAGUAGUGCCUCAGUUGACUCUGUCUUCUUUUUCUCACAGGGUGUCAGCAGCCAUGCCUACACCACAGAUAGUCUUGCUGUGAUCACCUAGAUCCACGCGAGUCGUGUUGUGUAGUUUUUGUGCUCAGAACCCUCCGGGGCGCCCUUUCGAUCACGUAGAGCAGACCCAUGCCACCAGCAUUGGUAAAGGCACACGUAGGCCCUCAUCCCCCUUAGGCCCUUCUACAUUAUCAGCCCUCUGAGGAUGGAAAGGCAGUGUCUUUUGAUAAGUGCUCUAGCUCUAGAAAUGACAAGAACCAUUGCUAAUGUAUGAAACACUUCCUUGUAUAAGCUUCAGUGGUACAGACGAACCAGAAUGAAUGUUUAUCUUCUCAGAAACACUCCUUCGGUAUUAUGUUGGGUCAUGCUGCUAAUGGAACUUGGGAUACAACUCUUCAUGGUGCUACAGACUUCUCUGUCUCGUUCAGUCAUAUUUUUGUAUCCAUAGGAAAACAAGAGGACUCCAUUAGGCGUAAAGGUGUACAAUAUAUUUUUAUACUGUGACUCAAUUUGUCAUGAACAGACUUUUACGGCACCCACCACAAUGUAUUCGCGUGCACUUGCAAAAGGAAAUCCGGGACGUGCAAAUGUUACCGGAACAAACCCAGCUUUUGUCUGCGAGGUGACUAUUACUCAAAGUGAAAAGUGGGCUUCGUAAUACGGUGUGGAGUGAAGAACAUGCUGUAGGUUACUAACAGCCCUUUGAAUUUAACAAAAACUGGGAAUCCACUAGGAAAUGGAUUGCAUCAUGCCUGAGCAUAAGCUGGACUGCUGAAAUUGUACUUUUAGCUGACGAGAAAGUGUUUGGACUAGUACUCUCAAGAUGUUCUAAUGAUAAAGGUGUGAGUCAGAAUAGACCAGAAAAAUCUGCAUUCCAGGCUGAAUUUUUGUAUAUUUUUCUUGCAUUUAAAAAUCGCUAUUCUGUGAUAUGGGGAAAUCAAGUGGCUUAUCAUGUAUAUCGUGUACUUAAAAUGUAUUCACAAACUACUGUUGUAUUUGUAUAAAAUAUAGACAAAGAUCGUA